GCAUGGUCUCUGCUUAGUGUGGCGCCUGACAGUGCUUGAGUCAGUGUUGGAGCAGCCUGGAGACAUUAUUGCCACCAGAUGUUAUUCGCUAUCUAGCUUGUUACUGGCGCAGGAAAUGUAGCUUAGAGUGGAGUGCUUCGUGGUGUUAGCAGUGUUUCAAGGUCGUGAUUCGCGUCUGUCAUUACAAUAUGCUGGUACUUGAAGCUUCUACUGACGGCGUUGCGUUCAGUGAUCUUAUCUCGUGAGGAAUGAUGGUAGUAAUCAACGUAUGGCAAAGAGACUCCGUAAACAUAUGCUUUACUAAGUGUUGCCUUAUCCAAAACACAUUUCCCUCCUGCUACUAAGUGUUGCCAUAUCCAAAACACAUUUCCAUCCUGCAUCGAAAUCAGAAUACUUGGCUUGGCUAUACAUUGCAGUGAUGCCUUGGUGCCUUUUGAAAACCGUGCAGAGUGAGAUGUAAUGAAAGAAACACGAAUGGAAAGGCGGAACGUAAAACAGUGACAUGCAAGAUUAUGACAUUUAGUACUAGGAAAAUUUUUUAAAAACUCGCCCAGGAACCAGUGUGUAAAGUGAGGUUUGAUGGUGAGAGGUGCAGUGUAUCGUUAGUAAGAGCACAGCCAGCAUGGAUUACUUUGCGAGGAACGGCUUCAGCGUUACCAGUGAUGACAACAACAACACGGGGAGGGUUAAGACUGUCACACGCAGAAUCACACGUUUGUUUACUCCCGAUCUGCCAAACGAGGAGGAGGUAGCAAAUGCCGUGGACCAGACAGGCGGCCGGUAUGAAGGGGAGAUCAAGAGACUGAAGAAGCUGACGGAGAGACUGGAUGCGGAGAAGCAGCACUACCGGAGACUGUAUGAGAGGCAGCUUGAGGAGUCAGACAUCAGGAACAAGGGGGAGAGCCUGCUGAAUCCUGGGGUGCUGUCAGUUGUCACCAAGUCCCUGGCAAAGCGCGUUCCCAGCCUGAGUCCAUCGACCCUCAGCACCCCAGAGAAGGCUUCCCAUAACACCUCAUUUGGGCCCCAGCCGUCCUCCCUCAUCGUGGACUCAGAGAACCUUGAGGACAGCAUGAAGAAGGUACGGUCACCCAGGAGUCAUGAGGCACAGGAGGAUGCCGACUUGCUACGGUCACUUGUUGAACCUCUGGAGGAGGAGAUUCAUGCCCUCAAGGAGAAGAUCCGUGCCCAGGAUGCCCAGCUGCGUGCCCAUGAGGCCCAGCAGGCAGCAGCCCUCCACACUGCAGACCUGGUGGCUCCCCUUCUCCAGGGCACUGACACAGCCCAGGUGGUGCAGCAGCUUGAUGACAAGCUCAAGGGCAUAUGCAGCACACUUGAGGCAGAGAAGGCAUCAAGGGCUGACCUGGAGCUGUACACUGCCAUCCUGAACACCCAGAAGACGGCCCUCACUGAUGAAGUGGACAGGUUGCGCUCCCAGAUGACUGAACUGAGACAGUCUUACGAGACAGAGCGGCGUCAGCACCGGGACCUAAAGCACACCUGGCGGCGGGCCAACGACCAGUUUCUGGAGGCCCAACGGCUGCACCUGGCGGACAUGAGGCGCAUGCAGGUGCUGCUCACUCAGGAUCAGCUGCACAAGUUAGAAGAAGCACAGCAGAGUGAGGAGGCUACCGCCAGAGCAACACCUCACUUCACACUCACCAAUGCCAAGCAGUCCCCAACACACAUGGCCACCCACCAUAUUGUCAAGAAGCAUGGCCCAUCACCCACCCCAGAGAAUGAGGUGGAGAGUGAUAAGUCUUCCUCAUUAUUAGACCUGGAGGAAGAGCCAACACCCACACCUGCCACCACCACCACCACUGCCAUUGCCACCACCUCACAAGGGGAGCAGAGUGACGACCAGAGCAGUGAGACAGAGACCCGCAGCCUUCCCCCGGACUCCCUUGCCCCUGAUGGCCUUGUCCCACGUAACAUCCUGGCCGAGCGUUUCAGUCCUGACAAGAUGCCUCAGCUGACACAAGACCAGCAGAGGGCCUUACAGGAAGUGUUCCCAGAUGCUCCAGGCGAGACUCCACUUACCCCUCAGGAUGAAGACUACUUGGUGAUUGACUUCUCACCUAGUGCAGAUGCAAGGAGUGGCCAGGGGCAGGGCCGGCGAGUGGUGAGUGAGGCAGAGUGGAACAUGCUUCAUGAGGAGAUCAGGCGGGCCAGGUCUCACAUGGGGCGGUCCUGCCAGCUGUGUACCUCCUAUCAGUCCCAGCUGCAGAAGGCUCAAAGUGACCACAAAGACACUGAGAAGCAGCGGUUGGACCUGGAGCGUGCCCUGCAGAGGUACAAGGAGGACCUGGAUCGGGAGGCUCAGUACAGGCAGGUGAUGGAGGAGCGCUGGCAGGGCAUGGCAGAAGACUACGAGAAGAAAGUAGCAGGGCUGGCCACUGUAGUAGAGACAGCAGCAGGCAAGCAAAUGGAGUUGGAAACCAAGUUCCGUUCAACUAUAUCCAGCGUCCACGACAAGCUGCGUUCCCUGACUGAGCGCAGGGAGAUUGCCCAACAAGAGCUUACCAGGCUACAGAAAGAAAAUGAUGAUCUGGUGGGCAAGCACAGCAAGCACUCACAGCAGCUGCAGAAUGAGAUAAUCAAUUUACCAGACAACAUGGAGGAUAUGCAGCUGCUGUUGUUGCGUUACCAAGAGGACAUCAUUGAAGCGAAGGUGUCUAAGGAGCAUCAGGAAGAAAGUCUCAAGUCAGAGAUCCUCUUCCUUAAGGAUCGGGUUCUGGCAGAGCAACAUGAGAAGAACACCAUUGAGGACCGCUUGUCAUCUGAAAUUGAUCAACUCAGAGAAAAAGUGGCAUUGCUUGAGAGCCUGGAGAGUCAGAUGAAGCUGGAGCGCAGGACGAGAGUGGAAAGUGAUGCCCAGGUGCGGGACCUUGAGACAAAACAUGCAGAGUCGCAGGUCAAGAGUCAGCAGAUCAUCACUGGCCUUAAGACGCAGGUGGCUGAGCAGACACAGAUGAGGGCCCGUCUGGAGGCUGAGGUGGUGGAGCUGCGGGGAAGAGUAUCAACACUCCAGCAUGACCUUGACACCUCAGAGGCUGUCCAGAGAGAUUUUGUGCGGCUCUCCCAGUCACUGCAAGUUCAGCUGGAAAAGAUUAGGCAAAGUGAGAAGGAGGUGAGAUGGCAGCAUGAGGAAGACCAAGAGGAAUGCAACAGCUGCAAACAAAGAUUUUCUGCCAUGGGUCGGAGAAAGCAUCACUGCCGUCACUGCGGAAAGAUUUUCUGCAACGAAUGUGUCAGCAAAACAGUGCCAAGUGGUCCCCACCGGAGACCCUCUCGAGUGUGUGACGUGUGCCACACCCUCCUGGUGCAGGAUGCCACCCCAUACUUCAGCUCAGAGCCCCCACACUCCCCUGACUGACCACCUUAACCAUCUCUAUCCUGCACCACCACUUACCUCGAGCGACCUUCCGUGCUGAAGGUGACUGUGCCAUGGAAGGUUCCCCAUAUCUCCCCACUGAGUCUAUCUAUUCCUUCACCCACCCGUGGCUAUCCUUUACCCCUAAGCCCCUCAACCCCUUAGCCCACUGAGGGAUCUCACUGGUGCACUUCUCCCCAGGUUGUGUUUCAACAAUUCCAGCUGGUGGGCCAUGCAAGCAACUAGUCAUGCAAUUUGUUAAUGUCUUCAGCUGUGGUUCCCUGCGCCACCAGGCCUUGCUGUCUGCGUGGAGUCAGGGUGACUGGAUGCUGGGUUUUGACAAGCGAGUGUUUGAAAAAACCCAGCUGAACAAAUCUAGUUCCUUUUAAAGAGGAACAUUUUAGAGGUAAUGGUGUUUUUGUCCCUUACUAUAGAAACAUUUUAUUUUCCAUUCAUCACCGUGUUUCUUUGAUGGCCUCAUCUUCCACAAGUAACUCCAGACUCAUAGUAGUUAGUAAUUAGUUCUGUUAGAUCAAAUGCUCCUCAGAAGAAAAUGUGCUGAAUGCUGUUUAUGACUCCUUGCACUCCAUUUCUAAAUCAGUCCUGCCUUAUCAAGUAUCUCCUGUCCUCAAGGGUUUGCUACAGCCAUAAAGAGAAUUGUGAAUAUGUAUAAAAGUUAGAAUUAUUGAUUAUUACCUAGAUCUGUUGUGGCAGUGUUUAUAUUUAGUCCUGACAAGAGUUUUAUAUUUUCUACACAUAUAUAAAUAUAUAUACUAUAAUGUGUGUGUGUGUGUGUGUGUGUGUGUGUGUGUGUGUGUGUGUGUGUGUGUGUGUGUGUGUGUGUGUGUCAGCAUGUGCACAUGCAUGCUGUUGCAGAACAGAAAGAAAACUCUUAGUAUUGAAUUUUAUAUAUUGCAGCAGGAAAUGAAAAGUUGAAGAGACAAAGCACUAUCAACAACAGUAAUAUUGCAGAUGAUAAGUCCUAAUGUUAGUUUGUAUUUUAAAUACUACACUGUUACUCUUGCAAGUGAAUUGUUGCUCAGCUGAGUGCACCAAACCAGACCUAUCCAUCUGUCUCACCUCAUUCCUUUCAAAUCCUAUUACAGCCAGCAUGCAUUCAGAAGGAUGGUCACAGACAGAAAAAUAAGCACCAUUAGAACAGCACACUGGCAUAUAUAUUCCAUAGAGUAAUGAAAUGAAAUUGGCUAACAAGCUGGGUUUUUAUGUGUGUGUGUGUGUGUAUGUGUGUGUGUGUGUGUGUGUGUGUGUGUGUGUGUGUGUGUGUGUGUGUGUGUGUGUGUGAGGAAGGGGCUGCAUCUAUGGGAGGAGGCUGUGAGUGAGUAAAUGCAGUGGUACCUUGGUUAUCCGUAUAUCAGGAAACCCACGCUGGUAAGCCAACAGAAGCUGCAUUUGUGUCUCAUGACUCUCAAAGUCCAUAUCAAACAUUUCAGUGUCUGAUGUUCACUACUUUUUACAAGGUCUGUGGCAAGUUAGUGGAAUAUUUUCAUAAUCCUAGUGACAAUUUAAGAAGAAUCAUCUAAGUGGCCUAUAAAAGUAUUUCUAAUGAGAGAACACUGCUUUUUUUAUGAAUAAGGGCAUCUAAAAUUUUGAAGCAAUCCUCCUUAAUUUAUUGAAUGGUCAGUGGCUGAUUCAUUUGGGGCUUCCAGAUACAAACAUUGACUCCACAGCCUUGUGCUGAACAAGUAUGUAAAACACUGUUAAUGAUUUUAUUGGUAUGUGUUAGUUUUGCUUCUGUUUGCAUUGUAGCUCUAGAUAUUUUGUGGUGGCCUCAUGCUGUGCAGUACAGUACAGUGUUGCAUUUCGGCAGUGCAGCGUUUGUUAAAUGUAUGCAAAAUUAGGCAGAUCUAUAGAUUCACUUCCGAAUGACACUUGGUACAUUAUUUUAUGUAAUUGAUGAAUGGCUACAUUAUUAGCAGUCUGAACGGUUUGGCAUUGAUUUAUUCAGAUGUCUGUGGUGAAUGAGGACUUAAAAAUCAGCUCUGAAAUGGAGGUUUCAUAUAACAAAGAUACCACUGCAUUUUUGGUUUUUAUCAUUUAAUGUAAUGUUCCUUGACUCAGUCUUACCUAUAUUCAUGCAUUGCCUGGAACUUUUAAUGCAAUAGAAAUGUUUAAUUAUAGCAGAUAUAUAUGUUAAGGGUCCUGGUGACAGUGGGUAAUGUGCUGCAUUAUUUUUAAGACGUUUCUGAUCAGUUCUAUGUGGUGGCUAAGUUUCUAAGUCUGUGAACAGGGGAUAAUUUAUUGUCACUAAAUCAAAACAUAUUGUUAGACCAUGGCAAGUAUUUUUGUUUACCAUUAAUUUACAUUGAGAGAAGAUGCAAUCAUACUUGGGAAAGUGUACAUAAUUACUGUAUAUAUAUAUAUAUAUAUAUAUAUAUAUAUAUAUAUAUAUAUAUAUAUAUAUAUAUAUAUAUAUAUAUAUAUAUAUAUAUAUAUAUAUAUAUAUAUAACAUAUUAUGUGUUACUUUUUUUUUAAGACAUUUUUUUCUUGUAAGUGUCAGGGACUUGUACUUUAGUGUGCUAUGGCUGAUAUGCUGUGUUGUGUGCAGUGGUGUGCUGUGUGGUGGUGGGUGUUAACUUAUAUCAGGGAAACAGAUGAGAAAAAGUUUGAUUGACUGGCUGAAUAGAUGUGACAGUGAUACAGGGUCAUAUGGUGCCACAGAAGGAAUGACUAUUAGGUUACACCAGGGUAACAGGGAUUCAUUUAUUAAAUUUAGCACUGCUGCAGAUCACUUGGUGCCAUGGGAAGGCAAGCUGAACCAUUUAUUAUGAAAAAUAUGCCUGAGAAGAUGAUGUAAUUGUAAUGCACAUAUUGUGAAAAGUGAAAUGGCAAAGAAAAAGUUACCUACAUACUGCAUGAGAGAGGUCAUCCCAGGUACAAAACAGUAAAAUCUUGCAAAAUGAAAAUAAUUAUGAAUCCAAAAAUACAGGAUGAGGAAUGUUUGUCCAUGAGAUGUCUUGAAAUAAGGAUACCUGUUUUUAUCUAAAGUGGGAUUUAUGGAUUGAAAUUGGGGCAUGGGAAUGGCAUUUUAUGGUGAAUACUGUGAUUUGGAUCCUUACUUGCUUUUAAAGAAACAAGAGAAGAGAGAGUAUGUGAGUGCAAGAGUUUUUGUUACCAUUUUACAGGAGUCCAAAAGUACAUGUAUGCCUGUUUAUUAGUUUAUGAGCCACUAUCACUAGUCUGAUAGAAUGAGAUUUGACUCUGCUUCAGUAAUUCUUAAGUUCAUAUUUAUCAUUCUAUUCCUUGUGGAAGGUGUUAGUCUGUGAUUCCUUCAUUUGUUAUUGACCAUGUAGAUAAUGGAUUGGAAUUUUGUAUCUUUUAUUUUUUGUCUUGAGGAGUGCGAUGAUGAUACGAUGGACUCUUAGUGACUUUUAGGGAGACUGAUGGAUAUUUCUGUAUUUGCAAAGCUCCAUCAUGAUGAGAGCCGAGGAGUUAUGUACUACUGCUGUGAUUAGGGACUGUCAUUGUGAUUGUGUUGAUGUAAAUUAUAAGGUGCAGGAUGUGACAAUAUGCUAACAGAUGAGAAGCUGGUGUACAUAGUGGCUAGAUCCACAGUUAAAUCUCUUGUAAAGAACAAAAUGAUGUCAAGUCAUAAGUGGGAAAUGCUUAAGCAGAAAUGCUUUACGAGAGUUACUGAUGUAAUGCAAAAAAGUGAUACAAUGAAAAGAUGAGUAUUUGGUGUAUAUGUUUACAAGCUCUUCACAUUUCUUUCAAAGAAAAUAAAUAACAUUGUAAGAAUUAUAAUUAAUGAGAAAAUUCACUGGAGGUUAAGCAUAAAUUAUGAUAAUAUAAGAAACUGGUAUGUUUUGUGUACAUUUUACUUCCUUCUGCCUUUUCCAGAUACCAAAAUAGUGAGUUCAUAAGUGGAGUUAUUUGCCAGUGAAAAGAAGCAUUUGAAGAAUUAAAAAUUAGUGUUGUUAGCAGUGGAAGACAUGCCAAAUGCCAGACAUCAAGAAAACACUGCCAUGUGCGUUCAUCAUUCUUGUUUUAAUCUUUGUAAGUGUUUUUUUAGCUUCAAUACAAUACACACCGGCACCUGGCAGGAUCUGGGUGGGAGGAAGAUGGGGUGUUAUUGCUGAUUGUUCAUCCUAAUUAAACAAGGCCAUUAUGACAAGAGGUAACAGGAUUUUAAAGACAGUAUUAUCCUUGACAAUUUAAUAUCUUGGCUCCCAGAUCACGUAAGGUAUACAUAUUCAGUGUACAGGUUAGCUUAUUGUAUUAUAAGUGCAAUAAAUAUUAGAUAUGAA